UAAAAAGCAUUUUUCUCUCAAAUUUACCUCUCUUUACAUACCCCAUUUCUCAACCAUUUCCACCGUAAACAACAUCACCAUGAGACACUUGUUUCCUUUCUUUCUUACUACAGUUUUCUUCUUCCUAACAAGAAUUUCACUUGUUUUCUCCAUUACCAAUCUACCUCUACAACUUAUAUCUCUUUUGACUUUAAAAUCUUCUUUGCAUGAUCACCACAAUACCUUCAAUGACUGGGAUCCCACCCUCGCCUUCGCUAGACCGGGUUCUCACAUUUGGUGUUCCUGGUCUGGUAUCAAAUGUGACAAGAAAACUAACCAAAUCACCUCUCUUGAUCUAUCGAAGCGCAAUCUUUCUGGUACAAUUCCAGAAGAUAUCAGAAACUUGGUACACCUUCAUCACUUGAAUUUGAGUGGAAAUGCUUUGGAGGGUCCUCUUCAAACAGUCAUUUUUGAAUUGCCUUUUCUCAAGACACUUGAUAUUAGUCACAACUUGUUUAAUUCAACUUUUCCCUCUGGUGUGUCAAGGCUCAAGUCUCUAACAUACCUAAAUGCUUAUAGUAAUGACUUCAUAGGCCCUUUGCCUGAAGAAGUUGCUCAAAUCCCAAAUCUUGAGUACCUUAACUUUGGGGGAAACUAUUUCAAGGGUGUGAUUCCAAAAAGUUAUGGUGGCUUAGCAAAACUGAAGUUUUUGCACUUGGCUGGAAAUUUAUUGAAUGGUCCUGUUUUGCCUGAGUUGGGUUUCUUGAAACAGCUUGAACAUGUAGAAAUUGGUUACCAGAAUUUCACUGGAGUUGUCCCUGCUGAAUUUUCUACUUUGUCAAAGUUGAACUAUUUUGAUAUCUCAUUAGCCAAUCUUUCUGGUAAUCUCCCUGUUGGACUAGGCAACUUGACAAACCUUGAAACUCUGCUUCUUUUCAAGAACCAUUUGUAUGGUACAAUUCCAUUGUCUUUUGCCAGACUGACAUCCUUGAAAUCAUUGGAUUUGUCUGACAACCAUCUCUCUGGAACAAUCCCCCAAGGGUUUUCAGGAUUCAAGGAGCUUACAGUCUUGAAUUUGAUGAACAAUAACUUAACAGGUGAAAUCCCACAAGGCAUUGGUGAGCUUCCUAAUCUUGAAUUAUUGGCUCUAUGGAAUAACUCACUCACUGGGAUUUUACCACAGAAGUUGGGUUCAAAUGCAAAGCUACAAAAACUUGAUGUCUCUUCAAAUUAUCUCUCAGGUCCCAUUCCACCAAAUCUCUGUCUCAGCAAUAACUUAGUUAAACUUAUCCUGUUUUCAAAUCAGUUUAUUGGUGAGAUCCCUUCUUCCUUAGCAAAUUGCACUGCAUUAUUCAGGUUUAGAAUUCAAAACAACAAACUCAACGGGUCAAUACCAUUAGGCUUCGGUAUUUUGCCCAAUUUAGCUUACUGGGACUUGAGCAAAAAUAAUUUCACUGGUCCAAUUCCAGAAGAUUUAGGGAAUGCCGCGACAUUGGCGUAUUUGAACAUAUCGGAGAAUUCAUUCAACAGUGAAUUACCGGAGAGUAUCUGGACUUCACCAUCUCUACAGAUCUUUUCUGCUAGUUACAGUGGCCUUGUCGGGAAAAUCCCCAAUUUCAAAGGGUGUAAAGCUUUCUACAGAAUCGAACUGGAAGGAAACAAUCUCACAGGAAGCAUUCCAUGGGAUAUUGAACAUUGUGAGAAGCUCAUUUGCAUGAAUUUUCGACGAAAUUCGCUAACGGGAAUCAUUCCUUGGGAAAUUUCUGCAAUUCCUUCCUUAACAGAGGUUGAUUUGUCUCACAAUUUUCUCACAGGAACAAUUCCUUCGAAUUUCGCCAAUUCCACUACCAUAGAAAACUUCAACGUAUCCUACAAUCAGCUCACUGGUCCAGUUCCUUCUUCAGGCUCAAUUUUCUCCAGCCUACAUUCCUCUUCCUUCAUCGGAAACGAAGGCCUCUGUGGUACUGUCAUUCAAAAGCCUUGCGGGACUGACGGACUCGCAGCCGGAGCAGCGGAAAUCAAGCCACAGCCGAAAAAAACAGCUGGCGCUAUUGUCUGGAUCAUGGCAGCAGCAUUCGGUAUUGGUUUAUUCGUCCUCAUCGCCGGUAGCCGCUGUUUCCACGCGAAAUACAGCCAGCGAUUUUCAGUAGAGAGAGAAGUUGGGCCAUGGAAAUUAACCGCAUUUCAAAGGUUAAACUUCUCGGCGGAUGAUGUACUUGAGAGUUUGACUAUGACAGAUAAGAUCCUGGGAAUGGGUUCAACAGGGACAGUGUACAAGGCGGAAAUGCCAGGCGGAGAGACCAUAGCAGUAAAGAAACUAUGGGGAAAACAGAAGGAAACGAUCAGGAAAAGGCGAGGCGUUUUAGCUGAGGUGGAUGUGUUAGGCAAUGUGAGGCACAGGAACAUCGUGAGGUUGUUCGGCUGUUGCAGCAACAACGAGUGCACCAUGUUGCUGUAUGAGUACAUGCCUAAUGGUAGCCUGGAUGAUCUGUUGCAUGGUAAGAAUAAGGAUGAUAAUUUGGUGGCUGAUUGGCUCACUAGGUACAAAAUUGCUCUUGGGGUCGCUCAUGGAAUUUGUUAUCUUCAUCAUGAUUGUGAUCCCGUCAUUGUUCAUCGUGAUCUUAAGCCUAGUAAUAUUCUUCUGGACGGUGAUCUGGAGGCUAGAGUAGCUGAUUUUGGUGUUGCCAAGUUGAUUCAGUGUGAUGAAUCUAUGUCCGUGAUUGCUGGAUCCUAUGGCUACAUCGCACCUGAAUAUGCAUACACAUUGCAAGUUGAUGAGAAGAGUGACAUCUACAGCUACGGGGUUGUGUUACUUGAAAUUUUAUCAGGGAAAAGAUCGGUGGAACCAGAAUUUGGCGAUGGAAAUAGCAUUGUGGAUUGGGUUAAGUCGAAGAUCAAGACUAAAAAUGGCAUAAAUGAUGUGUUGGAUAAAAAUGCUGGCGCUUCAUGUCUUUCAGUUAGGGAGGAAAUGAUGUUGUUGCUGAGGGUGGCAUUGCUGUGUACUAGUCGUAACCCAGCUGACAGGCCAUCGAUGAGGGAUGUUAUAUCUAUGUUGCAAGAGGCUAAGCCCAAGAGGAAGUUGCCUGGAACUGGUGAUAAUGCAAUUGCUGCUAUUCCUUUGGCUCAAAAAGCUAAUGUGGAGUGUUGAUAUUAUAGGAGGAGAUUUGGGGUUGUUUUGAUUUUAUAACUUACUAAUGAAUUGUGGGGGAAAUUGGUAUAGGAGAAGAUUAAAUAGUUUUA